UAGGUGUGUGUGUGUGUGGUAAACAGAGGAAACCCGUACGUACCCAGGAUCAAUAGGAAAUCGCAAUUUCCCACUGCUCCGUGAAGAAGUGCAACAGUCGCAGGGAAGUCGUUCGAAAAGCGAAGUGUGUUCGAUGUUCGGUUAAAAUGUAAGAUUGGCCUUUUUUCUUCCUCCUUUUUCUCGUGCUCCUCGUGGGUUUCUUUUUAUUAUUGAAGUGCGCUAAUGGCUUGCAAACUGUUCCCCGUUUAAAUUAUUUUCUCAUUUCGGUAUCGUUUCGCUGCGUGUUUGUGUUUUUGUUUUGUCGCAUUUGACUGGUUUGUGUGGUGUUUGUUCCGAGGCAGCUGCCUCCUGUGCUUUGGCGAAUAAUACUUUCGUUAUGCAAUUGCAAGACAUAAGAAUGAAAAAAAAAAACAUAUAGAGACACACAAAUUCACUGCAUGUCGCGCAUCAUCCAAUAUACAUGCUGCUGCUGCUGCUGCUGCUGCUAAUCGUACAGCGUAGGCUAGCUUUUGCGUUUAACCGCUGGUAGCAGAGCAACAACAAACCGAACUGAUGCUUGUAGGGAUUCCAUUUUCGUUUUGUUUUUUUUUUGCUUGGUUCUAUAUCGUUCAUUUCGUGCAAAAAUUUCAUUUUUCCAUACGGGCAAAAGCGAGCACUCCAUCCUACGUUAAAGUGGUCCGCACAUACAUCUAUACUAGCAAACCGUAGUACCGCAUACAUAGCGCGACGGUGGUGGUGUAUACGUACAACACACUGUAUGCGCGUCCUCGCGUUCCUGGUGUGUGUGUGUGAGUUUGUGCCUGUGUACGUGCGUGUACGUGUGCGUUUUGUGCCAGUUGGUAAAAUUUACGUACGCGAAAAACCAUGGAAUCUCCCAAUCACCACGGGUUUUAAUGACAUGAACCUGAAACGGAUGUGUGUGUAUAUAUGUGUGAAUGAGUUUACAUUCGUGGACGGUUGCGUGUGUGUGUGUGUGGUGGAAAAAAUAAAGUCCUUCGCGCGGUACCUUAUGGCAGGAGUAGGAAGCAAUCUACAGCAGCAGAGACAAACGUUGAAACCGGACACGGAACUGACACAAGAGGGUCAACGUUGAAGGGGGAUUCCGGGGACACUUUCGAGCCUACUCUGCUGUAGAGUGCUAGAGUAAAUUCAGCUAGAGCAGCUUGUAUUUGCUUCAUCUGUUGUGUAUGUGUGCGUGUGUGAGUGUUUUAGUAGUUGCCGAGCUAGCUGCGCUAUAAACUGCAACAUUCAAUUCAUCCUCACUCAUUGCUCCUGUACUGUGUCAAGGCUCUGACGGCAUUACAGCAUCCUAUUUCCAGCCCGACCCAAUACCAUUGACGGUGCGUUGAGUCUACAUUGAGUCAUCAGCCUUCUCUUGGGUACGAUUUUUGGUAGAAGAAGUACCUACCAGUAAACCCCGAACCAUAACCUCAAUCGUAUUUGCGUUUAUUGUACAUACACAAACAUAUCGCAGACGCAUACACACACACACACACACGCGCGCGCGUACUUACAUAGACAGGACCUCAAGAGAGGACAGCUCGAAGGAACCAACAACAAACGAAAAAAGAAGAAGAAAACAAACGAGAGAGAGAAAGAGAGAGCACGCUCAUCAUACGAACCAGGCAGGACCUGUCUGCUCGAUUUACCCUCUCUUUUAUAUUUUUCCGUGAGUCAUCUCCCCCAUACCUUCAGCAAAUCAUCACACGCUUGUGUGCAAAAAGAUCAAUUAUCGAUUUUUCUUGCUCGGCUACCGCCUGCCAUCCUUCAGCUCACCACCUUCCCCCUUCCCAUCCACAUCCCCUAUCCGUUGCUCGCCCGUCCCCCGCUCUCUACGCCACAAGUUUUUCUUUUAGUGUACUAUCUGCUGCUCACCAAACACGGUUCGUUCGUUCACCGCCGCCUGCCUCACAUUACAUUGCAACCUCUGUUUUGCGGCUACUACUCAUUGCGCUAUUGUGUUCAGACAGCAGCAGCAGCAGCAGCAGUACACUCCUAUAGCCCUCCGGGGAGCAAAAAAAAAAAAACAAAAACCCUUUGCUGCGGGGACGACAAACCCCUCCUCCCCAUCCCUUUUUCCCAACCCCCAUUGCAAACCCCCCGCUAGGCUAGGGCCCAAAACCGUGUGUCCGAAAAGGCAAUCUAGUUAUUAAAAGUGCGUUUUUAACAUUGUUACAUUUCAGUACCUUCCAACAUUCCAAACCCACACACUCUUCCGCCGCAUCGUGCGCCACCUUUUGACGGGUCUUGCGAAAACACAAAAAGUCGAAACACACCGCCAUCCAGCGGCCCAGUUCCGUAGUUCCCAGUGGUGAAUGUUCGGUUUCUUUCGUUUUCGGUCGUUUUUAAGUUCAUCUACAUACAUACAUACAAAUCCCAAUCCCCAAAAACCCAACCCACCAACCACCCCUCACCCUCCCAUCCCCUCGUGACCCCUCGUGGCCCUUUAAUCCUUUAACGGCCCUUUGCCCCGUUGUUGUGCUGCUGGUGCCAAGCGGGCGACCAAGCGGAACCACUCGUGUGCGGGAAACGCUAGCGAAAACGAACACCUGCAAUACGCUGCCCCGUUUCGAUACAUAGUGCCCCCGGGGCUCUAUAAGUAUGCAGCAGCGUCAGCAGCGCCUGUAACGAUACGGCAGGUGUGCUGACACACGAGCAUAGUAGUGGUGGUGGUGGUGGUGGUGGUGGUGGUGGCACGUCCUCGCACGAUGUGUCCUCGGCGUUAAGUUUUAGUGAGCAGAAAAUUUCGUUACUGUUUCCCAAAUGCAAACCGCGCAGUGAAUAUCACUAUGUCAUGAACAACAGCACCGCGAACAGCAACAGCAGCAGCACCGCCAGCAACAACAGCAGUGCUUGUGCGAACGGUAACGGUAGCAAAAACAGUAGUAACAAUAAUUGCCUAAUGGACGUCGGCAGCAUGUCGCUCGGUUCGACCCACUCGCUGGCGACGUAUGUGACGCGUACGAGCCCGCCGACGGUUGCCGCCCAGGCCACCAAUGCACCGGCGGCUGGCACCAAGGUCUACCUGGAUAUGAACCUGUACGGGAAUAAUAAUAGUAGUGGUGGCGGAGGUAACACCGGUGGCACCGCCAAUCACGGUACGGAGUUUGAGUAUAGCGCCGAGAAGGAAUUGGUCGUCGGCAAGGGAUUGCAGAUGAGUGCGUGCGGCAUGAACAACAAUAUGGGUGGCGGUGGUAACAGCAGUACGGGCGGUAAUAAUAACCAUUACACCAGCAACCAUCCAUCCGCCGGUGGAGGAGGAGGAGGAGGAGGAGGAUCCGGAAGCGGUGUGGUUGGUGGUGGUGGUGGUGGAACAGCUGGAGGACCAGGCAUCGGGCUGAAGAGCGAUCUGUACGGUGCCGGGAGUGUAAAGCAUUCGUCCAAUCAAUCCGCUAGCAAGAAUCUCUCGUCCACGGAUGGGUACAGCUUCUACUACAACAAUCAACCACCGUCGCUGACCUGUUCGCCAACCGAAAAUCAAUCUACUAUCAGCGCCGCAACACUAGGCAACAGUGAUGGGGGAGGCACCGGCAGUACCACCGCAGGUUUGCUGCUGUCCGAUGACGAUGACACGGCCGACCGUACCAAGAAGAGCGACCUCGCCGGCACGGCUAGAUGGAUGGAGCGCAACUACUGCCACCUGUCCGUCUCCCACUAUCCGAGCGUGGCCAAGUCGAAGGGUAGUGGAGCCGGUGGCGGUGGUGCUAUGCAGCCACCGAAGCGGGGUGGCGUACCGUCUUCCGCCUACAAGCCGGUCAACUGCUACAAUAUGGUGCUGCAGUCACCGCUCGAGGAUGAAAGUGACAUGGAGGACAAGCUGAAGUACUUCAACUACCAGCAUGAGAUGCAAACGUACAACAGCACGCGCAAGGACAAGCUGACCGGGUACGGGGACAUGCACUGUGCGGCCGGUAGCGAGGGGGGCGACGAAAUCGUCGUGCUUAGCAGCAACACGAAGGAGCACGGCAACUCGCUGUCGGUUACACAACCGAAGCCGGACACGCUGGCGGACGAGCCGGGACCGGGCCGGAAAGGUGUGCUGCACCUGGGUCAGAAAUUGGAGCACGUGCCGCACGUUGGGCUGAGCGUCGCUAGCCCUAGCGUGGAGAACGAGCAGUUGCUGAGCUCGGUGGAUUUUGCGGAUAAAAUGAUAUCACACUACCCAGUCAAACCGAUCGGGAUGGAUGAUGGGGGGCAGGAUAUGGGCGAGAGUAACGUCAGCACUGGAUCCAACAUUAUCGAGUACGAUGGUUCGCCGAGAAGGUUCGGGUUGAAUUUGUGCGACGAAAGCGACUGCUACUUAGCGUCGAGUGUGAAAAUAAAUCUAACGUCACCAUCACUGUUAACGCUACCUCGUCCUGGAUUUCCCCAGCGUGUCCUGUCGACACCGACGGCGGCAACCGGCAAUAAUGGCAAUAGCAUGCCCCAAACGUCCACCGGCCAUGCCAGCUGCUCGCCCUCCCUGUUGGACCAGGUAAAUUCCACCCUGAGCAAGACGCUGCUGCUAGAUUCCAAAAAUUCCCGAUCCCAGCACACGGACACGGACGGUACGGCGAAUAGUUACGGUGGUGGCGACCUGCAGUCCAAGGGCGCAGGGAGUAGAGGGAAGGAGCAGGACCAUCACGUGUACGACCUGUUGCCGUGUGACAUUAAAACUGCCGGCGGCAAACCAGCACCGUCGGCGUCUGAGCUGGGCAGCAAACCGUUGGAGAAAAUCCAACUGAACGCGCAAACCACAUCGGAGGACGAGCUGACGAUGGGUACGUCCAGCUUUCCGCCCAUCGCCAACUCUUCGACGUUCGACUAUUUGUACGAGUUUUCGGAAACGCGCAAGGUGCUGGAGGAGUUCUUCAAGUGUCCGUCGACGGAGGACGUGGAAAAGUUUAGCGACUACAAUGACAGUGCGGACGAGGAUGUGGAAAGCCUGGACGUGCACUACGACUAUCCGGUCGAUUUGGAGCGCUCGAAAACGAUCGAAACGACGUACAUUGGGAAUGGGUCGGGCAAGCAGGAAACCAUUGCACACUCGCCCAAAUCGCCGGUGCUCAGCGAUGGGCCCACGCCGGAGGAAGAGGACGACGAUACGGCUGACGUCGAGGAUGAGGAGGAUGAGGAGGAGGAGGAGGAGGAGGACGAGAACGAAAAGGAGAACGGGUUGGCGAAGUACAAUUACAAGCUGAAGAGUAAAGCCCGAAUAAACGAGUACUGUGGGCUAAGGAAGAAGAAAUCCGAUACGCAUCUGAAAGGGCACAAUGUGACGGGCGGAGUAGCCGUGGUGGAGGGGACGGACAGAUACGGCAACACGGAGUAUGAUCGACGUGAGGAAGAUGGUGUACGGUUGUCACUGAAAUCCACGCUACAGUCGGCAAGCGAGGCACGCGACUACGCAAUGUACGUACAGAGCAGCCUGCUCAAGCCCUACCCAGAGCAACAGCAGCAGGUCGACGCACAUACCGGUAGUCAGGGUCAGUCGGCAAACCAGCACGCUAACAGCGUAAAUGAGUUGCGCUUCAACACCUACAUCAAUGGGGCGAGCCGUACGAGCAGUUACGAUGCGAUCAACGAUUCCAACUACGACGGACACCCGAUCAUUUCGAACGGCAGUGACAAGGAUCCGCUGCACUACUCGCUGAACGGUGAUGGUGGUGGGGAGGGGCGCAAAGCGUUUACGCGCAAGUACAGCAAAAACUUCAAUUACUCGCCCGACACGACCGACUACGAUUCGAACUGUGGCGAUUACGAUAGCGAAAUUUCGCCCCAGUACGGCAGCGACUUUGGGCUCAUCUCCGGCAACGGUGCUACGAUGUGCGACGAUCUGAACAAUGGCGUCAUUAGUGCCACCUCCGGCGCACCAACCGGAGCCGGCGACACGCUCAACUGUCUGUUUGCAAACAAUGCGAACAACUACACACGCUACUACGCCGCCAUGCCGGUACUGGAGGAUGGUCUGUCGAGUGGUCACGUGUCCGACUCGGAGAACAAUCUGAACGCGAACACGAUGACGGGUUUACUGCCGCCGGAUCUCGUAACCGGGAGCGUAAAGCAGCUGUCGGCCAAUGGCAAUAAUGCUGGCGGCGGUGGUUUAAUGCAAUCCGGCGGCGGCAGUACGUACGGUCUGCUAGGAGCCCAGUCGCCCUCGGUUACGGCAAAGCAAUCGAUAUCAUCGUCACCGAUAGUGUCAAAGGAUAUGAAAGGCGCACAAGGACCACCGCAUGUACAGCAGCAGUCACAGCAACAGCAGCAGCAGCAGCAGCAGCAGCAGCAGCAACAGCAACAGCAACAGCAGCAGCAGCAGAACCAAAGCACUAAUGUCGAGGGCUACUUCGUAAACAACACCUUCCGCAUGGGAAAUCUGAAGCUAAACUCUAGUAUGCUACAUAACGCAAGCAUAUUUAAGAAUCGCGAUCCAGAGCUGGAAUCUCUUUAUACUAUAAAUACUAUACAAUCGACUCCACCACCUCCGGCGCCAGCACCGCAUAGGAAGUCUUCGAUUGAUUGUGAUAACCUGUCCAUGUUGCAACAGCAGCAGCAGCAGCAACCACAACAAGCAGUACCGCAAAAGCAACACCAGCAGCUACAACACCUACAACAGCUGCAACAACAGCAGCAGCAGCAGCAACAAUCGCAACAGCAAGCGCAACCACAGCAAUCACAGCAGCAGCAGUUCAACCAUCCACAGACAUCUGCCGCCGACGUGCAGUCAACAUUGAAGGACAUUAGACUUUGCCUGCAGAAAACGAAGAACUUAAACUUAGCUAGUGGCAACCAAUCUAGGAAACCGUUCGAGAAAGGCAACAGCUGCGCGAGCGAAUUUUCCGAACCGCUAGGCACCGGUGGUGCGGUCAGUGGCGGUGGCACUGGUAGCGGUGGUGUCAGUACCGGUCCCAGCCUCUCCCCAAUAUGGAUACCGCGUACACGAGCCAGCGAGGAGUUUGGCAGCAAACCACCGAUCGCCAACGGUGGCACAACGCUCCAGACGUCGGUCGGCGGUAGUGGACCCACCAUGCUUUCCAAUGGACUGCAGUCCGUGCCGGGCAACUCCUGCAAGCCCGUCUCGUCCUCCCCGUCCUCCCUACACACCGCCCUGCAAGCGUGUACCGCCAAGCCAAGCACCACGCCGGGCGAGUUUGCCGAGGAGACGGAUGUGCUGAUCGUGCCGGGUGUGCAAACGCCCAAAACGAUGACACUCGUCGACGAGGAUGAAGAUCCGGACACGGAUCUGGAAACCGACCGUCUGCUCGGGCACCAGCGGCUGGACGAUCAAGGGUUUUACGACGAGAGCAACAGCAAGCACUGGAGCAACGAUCGCAAAACGGGCGCCGCGCGACUGCUUACCCUCGGUAAGGUAUCACCGAAGCAGCAGCAAAGUGUGGCACCAUCGGCAAACACCGUCGGUGCGCCGGCCCCGGUGGGUACUGUUGCCGGCUCCGGACCGAACGGCAAACCGGCCAGCCAGGGUGGAUCGGUUGGGGCACGCGGCAACCAACCGAACGGCGCCAGCGGUCCCAACAGCUUCCUGCCAUCAGCCGGUACCGGCGUUACGAGCGCCAAUUCUAGCAUCGCACUGCCGGAGCUUGGUGCGUCCGCUACCACCAUCCCAACGUCGGUGGCAGUCGGAAGUGCUGUGAAUGGUGGCCCGACCUCCACCGUAUGCCACAAAAGCACGAAAUCGAGUGGCAACUUGAUUAACUUUAACGGUCCGAACGAACCGCAGACGCAGCUAACAUCGCCGAAUCCCAGCCCGCAGCAUUCGCUGAGCGAGGGCAACCUGUUGGACAAGUCGAAUGAUUCGGCCAGCCCGACCGGAUCGGCCAAAUCGAAAUCACUGCUGAACAAUGACAGCAAACGGAAAUCCAAGAACAAGGAAGUUCUUAUUGAAGGUGUUCUAUUUCGGGCACGUUACUUAGGCUCCACGCAGCUAGUGUGCGAAGGACAACCUACGAAAUCGACACGCAUGCUUCAGGCAGAAGAAGCCGUUUCUAGAAUAAAGGCUUUGUCUCCCGAUGGUGAGGUUCAACCGAGCACGGAGGUGGAUCUCUUCAUAUCCACCGAAAAGAUAAUGGUACUAAACACGGAUUUGAAGGAGAUCAUGAUGGACCACGCACUGCGCACGAUCUCCUACAUUGCCGACAUUGGCGAUCUGGUGGUGCUGAUGGCACGGCGCCGUUUCGUACCGCAGGACGUUGACUCGACGGACUCGUCCGGUGGUGGGGGUGGGGGCGUUGGCAACGGUGCCGGUGCCCACCCGGCCAGUCACGCGGCCGGCAGCACACCGUCCCAGAAGCUUGCCGCCGGGCCUAAGGGCAACCGUACGCCGAAGAUGAUCUGUCACGUGUUCGAGAGCGAGGAGGCACAGUUUAUCGCGCAAAGCAUCGGGCAAGCAUUUCAGGUCGCGUACAUGGAGUUCCUGAAGGCGAACGGAAUUGAGGACCACAGCUUUAUGAAGGAGAUGGACUACCAGGAGGUGCUCAACAGCCAGGAGAUCUUCGGCGAUGAGCUGGAAAUCUUCGCCAAGAAGGAGCUGCAGAAGGAGGUGGUGGUGCCGAAGGCGAAGGGUGAAAUACUGGGCGUGGUGAUCGUGGAGUCGGGCUGGGGCUCGAUGCUACCGACCGUGGUGAUUGCGAACCUGGCGUCUUCCGGUGCGGCAGCCCGGUGCGGGCAGCUAAACAUUGGCGAUCAGAUCAUCGCCAUCAACGGACUGAGCCUGGUCGGGUUGCCGCUGUCCACCUGCCAGGGUUACAUCAAGAACACGAAGAACCAAACCGUGGUGAAGUUUACCGUCGUCCCGUGUGCGCCUGUGGUGGAGGUGAAGAUCAAACGACCGAACACAAAGUACCAGCUAGGAUUUAGCGUACAGAACGGCGUGAUCUGCAGCCUGCUGCGGGGAGGAAUUGCCGAACGGGGCGGUGUUCGUGUCGGUCAUCGAAUCAUCGAAAUCAAUAACCAAAGUGUCGUUGCGGUGCCACACGAAAAGAUUGUCAAUCUGCUAGCAACUUCGGUUGGCGAGAUACUGAUGAAAACCAUGCCCACUUCAAUGUUCCGACUGCUUACCGGACAGGAGAAUCCUAUCUACAUAUAAACUUGUCGUGUCUUUUUUUUUUCUCCACCAAGCUAGGAUCAUCGAACCAGGAGCCUUCGCUUGUAGUAACUAGAUAUUAUGCUUCAACACACACCCACUCGCUCACACACACACGUACACAUUCGACUCUACGUAAUUUCGUUGGGUUUUUUUUCUCCAUUUUUUGUUUGUGUGUGGUAAGGUAUGCAUAUACAAAAUACGAUUACACAUAUGUGUGUGUGUAUAUUUCUAGCAGCAUCUCGUUUUGGGAAUUGAUUCAUACCUUUUGGCCUUGCAAACGGACAUUAUUAUCGUUAUGAAUAUGAAUAUAAUAUACACGUACACAUAAACCACUCAAACACUCAAAUAAAAGGAAUCAACACGCGGGCUGAUCAACACGCGCUAUGGGUAGUGGUGCAAGUGAAGAAGUGUUAUGCCAAGGGCCUCUCAAUACAACAGCAUGCAAACAUUAACCAUUAAGCAACCCUCGCGACGCUACAUGUAAAUCGUUUCGGUUUACCCAUUUAAUACGAAGCGUAUAAUAAUACAGCUUUUGCAUUGCUGCUGCGCAGUGGUUUCGUCACACACAUACACACAAGAGAAAGCGAACGAGCGAGCGAUGUACUGAGUCAAAAAACAAAAUGCACAAUAUAUAUGUAAAACAUUGAAGACGAAAAGCAGAACGAUCUUACAUUUCGAAACAUUUCACUUCCUAAUAGCGCGAAGAGAAGCAAAACGAAAUGGAAGCUCCAAACACAAACAGCAAUGGGCAAGAAAGAGACGGCGAAAACAUCCGGUACCAUGAUAGGCAGCGGGGUACGAAAAACCAAAGAUACCAUUUAAUGUAAUUACCUUUUCAUAAAAAAGGGAGAGGGGAGGGGGGGGUGUGUGAGGCAAGAAAUGAAACAGGCGUUCGGUGUAGUGAAAAGCAAAACAAACCCCCUCUUCCCUCUCCCCCCUCCCCAAAAAAAAAGCAACAGAGGAGAGCAAAAAAAAACAAGAAGGGAAACAGAAUCUCAGAAACUGAUAUAUUUUUUGAAAUCAUUUAACAAAAUCAAGCUAAAGUAAAAGAAAAAAAGCGCAGCAAAAGGUAAAGGGGUAAAAGGGGAAUGGAAAACGAGCAGGAAGAAAUGCAAGAAAGCAGAAAGAAAGCUAGCAGCAAGCAACCUACACAUUACAUAUACAUAAGGGCAAACAUAAAAUGGAAGAAGUGGAGAGAUUGGUGGGGUGGUCGCGAAAAUGUUUGAGGAACUGAAACGAAAAGUUAGAUUCUUCGAUCCAUUAAGGAUAUAUGUAUUGUUUUCUUCUUGUUUUCUUACCUCUUCUAUUUUCCAUUGUGUCCGUUGGGACGUUAGAGAGAGAGCAGAUGAAGGGAUGAAGUCAGGAAAAGUCGGUCCUUAGUCCCUUAGAAGGUCCCUAUGAAAAUGAAAAUAAGCAAAAACACACACACACACACACAUUUAAGAUAUCAAUCGUACACAUUUUCCCAAUGCUGCCAGUGCUGCUUCAUCCCUUGCCGCUUGAACCAGCGGGGGAGGGGUGUAGGAGGAGGGUGAAAGAAGCGUACUGCCCCCUGCUCGUAAGUAUUCCGGCUGCUGCUGCUGCUGCUGCUGUUGCGCUAUAAUUAAACUCAAAUAUCUGCUGUCCACAAAAUUGUGUAAAGGAUGCGCGCGUGUCUGAGUGUGAGUGUUUGUAUCGCGAUUAGUUGUGUCCGGCAAUCGGAUCGGUAUGUAAUUGUUGCAGUAAAAGUAUGCACCAGUCGGGUGCGGUUUAGAUAGGCAGCACGCAGGAAAAGCUGCUAAACACAGGGAAAGGGGGAAGGUUUUGUGAGCGGUAGUAGAGGGAGGCGGAGGGAGAGACGUUAAGAAAACAGAACACCGUCCUAAAGCAAAACACGCAACUUUCAAUGCUCAGCAAAACAUUUAAUCAACAAAAAAAAGAAGCGAAACAAAAUCGGGUAGUACAAGGGCAAUAGCGAUGGAAGAUUUGCAGCGGGCCGUUCCACUACUACUACUACUGCUACUACCACUACUUGCAACGGUUAAUCGGUGUUUUUUCGGUUCGCCAUUUUUUGUCCGGCCUUUUUCCUUUGGCAUUCGUACCCCAGGGGAAGGGGCACGGUGAUGCGGCAAGGGCAGGAUUGGAGGAAAAUAAGGGUGGGAGGGGGAAACUCAAUUUUGAAGGGAGUUUAAGUAUUGGCCGUGCAUCACAACAGUAUUUGCUUUUUGAUUUUAGACUGAUGAAUUUUUGCCCUCAUGUUUUUUUUUUAGAUAUAUAACUUUUUUCUGCCUUCCUAAUAUACUUAGAGAAAGAAACAAAAAAAUCACGCGUGUUUUUUAUUUUUAUUUUUAACUAAUUACGUUUAAUGUAUGGUAACGAGAGCUACCAUAGUUCGUUGGAAGCUGUCAAAUCGCCUAACACACACAUACAAAAGCAGAAUUGCUUCUGCAGGAACGGGGACGCAAACGGACAGCCAUCGCAUUAUUUCGCAAUCAAACCUUCUCGACUCGACUAUUUAACGGAAACAAUGGUUUAUACAUUACUAUCCACAAUAUUAACUGCUGCAAUUUGUAAAGUAAUGAAGAAGCAAAACAAAACAAAAAACAGGAAGAACACAUCCAAAAGCAACACAAUGCGACAAUGUGAUGUCUUACGAGUGGAAGUGAAAGCAACAAAGCAACAAUGAGUAAAUAUUAGAUAAAUGUAAAGAACAAAAAGAGAAAACCACACACAUACAUAUAGCAAACCUACACGUGCGCGCAAAAGAGAAAACAAAAGUAAAAACAUUGAAUAAAAAAAGCAAACACAACUAUCGCCAGCAAAAGAAGAAAAAUGCAAGGACAAAAAGCAAGCCAUGAAAGAAGAACAGCAAACAAACAAACAAACAAGCAUGCAGCAAAAACCACACACAGUAAGAGACAAACAAAGUAAACAGCUAAUCAAAUCAAUUAAACAAUGUAAUAACUUAACUGUCAUCUUGUGUAACGUAAAAAUACGGCGUUUGAUAGCUACUAAAAAA